UGUGUGUGUGUGUGUGUGUGCACGCAUGACAACACAGUGUGACGUAUAAAAUCAUAGGUGAUCUUUGUGUGUGUGUGUGUGUGUGUGUGUGUGUGUGUGUGUGAUUUGGAUUCACUCCUGCUCAUACAACCGCUGCGGUCGGGACGCAGAUCUUCCUGCUGCGGCGGGGGAACACUGUGCAGGCGCUGUUGAAGGGAACCAGUCGCGGCUGCGCGCAUCAUCCAGCUCGGACCGCAUUUGUCCGACAUGAUGGCCAACAGCCGGCACAGGAGCCGUGCGCCCCGGUCAGAUGAUGGAGAGGACAAAGAGUACGUCGGUUUUGCGACGCUGCCCAACCAGGUGCACAGGAAGUCCGUGAAGAAAGGAUUUGACUUCACCCUCAUGGUGGCAGGUGAGUCGGGUCUGGGUAAAUCCACCCUGGUGAACAGCCUGUUCCUCACUGAUCUGCACAAAGACAGAAAAUUGCUCAACGCUGAGGGUGAGUCACUGGCCAAUCAGACGCCUCCGCCCCUGCGGACUGAAGACUCCCGCACAGCGGACGGACUCUGGGUAAAUGUUUCUGUGUGUGUUGCCGUUUCAGAGCGCAUCAGUCAGACGGUUGAGAUCACAAAGCACACGGUGGACAUUGAGGAGAAGGGCGUGAAACUGAAACUGACUAUCGUGGACACCCCAGGUUUUGGAGACGCUGUCAACAACACAGAGUGCUGGAGGCCCGUCACAGACUACAUCCACCAGCAGUUUGAACAAUACUUCAGGGACGAGAGCGGCCUCAACAGGAAAAACAUCCAAGACAACAGGGUGCACUGCUGCCUCUAUUUCAUACCACCGUUUGGACACGGGCUCCGUCCGGUGGAUGUAGAGUUCAUGAAGGCCCUGCAGGACAAGGUUAAUGUGGUUCCUCUCAUCGCGAAGGCGGACUGUCUCACUCCCAGUGAAAUAAAAAAACUCAAAGAGCAGCUGAGAGAGGAAAUAGAUAAAUAUGGGAUAAAGAUCUACCAGUUCCUCGACUGCGACUCUGAUGAAGAUGAGGAGUUCAAGCAGCAGGAUAAAGAGCUGAAGGAGAGCACUCCGUUCGCUGUGAUCGGCAGCAACACCGUGGUCGAGGCCCGAGGUCAGAGAGUGAGAGGGAGGCUCUACCCCUGGGGCAUUGUGGAGGUGGAGAACCCGUCCCACUGCGACUUUGUGAAGCUGAGGACCAUGCUGAUCAGAACCCACAUGCACGACCUGAAGGACAUCACCGGUGACUGCCACUACGAAAACUACCGAGCUCAGUGCAUCCAGACUAUGACCAGUAAGAUGAAUGCAGACGAGCGAGUGGAGAGUCCCGUCCCGAUCAUGCCGCUGUCCACACCGGAUGUGGAGACAGGGAAACUCAUCAAAAAGAAAGAUGACGAACUGAGGAGGAUGCAGCAGAUGCUUCAGAAGAUGCAGCAGCAAAUGCACGAGCAGGACCUGUGACCCCUGACCUCUUAUACUGUAGGAAAAACCGAAAGAGGAUCAAACACAGCAAAGAUUUAAACCCACGCUAUGUUGCCGUCUCUUCAGGGGACGAGAUGACGGAAUAUUUUGAUGGUUACAUUCAAAUAAUUUCUGCUUUUCAAAAACACUGGUCACAAAGAGACUGUAGAUGAAUGACGGCAUGCCCGGAGAUGUAUUUUUGAGUUCAUUUGAGUCUUUUAGCAUGACGCAACCUUAGAGAUUAGUUAGAAAUUAUUAUUUUGAAUGCAGUCUUUAGCCAAGUGAGUCGAGUUAGGCAAUAGAGAGUUGAUUGCACUUCAUUACCUUUAGAUCACAGUCGAUUCCUCCUAAUACUGUAUAAAAUCUUCAACCAUGAACCUGAGGGGAUCAAACUGUGUUGCAGUGUACAAUCAGAACUGUGAACUUCAAAGAAGGACAAUGAAUGUGAAAACAAUCCCACACACAAGACACUGAUUCCAUUCGGAGAACAUAUUCGUCGAGUUUUUGUGUGCAAAAGAUACAGAAUCAUUAUUUCUUCAUUAUAUCAUAUUGAUUUCAAACUGGGGAUUUAAAAAUCAUCACAGACUCCUGGUACAGAUGCUAUUGCAAUGUUUAACACUGGCCAGCUAUGCUUUCAGAAAAAGUCACCUUUGAAGUACAGUAAAAUUCCCAAAAUUGAUUGGCUGUAUAAUAAAUCGUACUACCAAUAAUAACUUUAUAAAGCACUUUUUCCAAACAGUGUUCUUUACAUUGAAUGCUUGUUUUUAUGUAAAAGCGUAUUUCUGUGCUAAUAAGUAAAUAUGUGGUUCGGCUUAACCGACGUUGAUGGUUCUGUAUUGUUAAAUGUUUAAAUGACAUGAUUGUCCUCAAUAAUGUAUUUGUACUGAUACUGAUUUUUUUUAAACUACACUUUAAUACUAUUUUCAGUAGGACUUGAAGGUUGUCUCAGUGCCAAUGCAAUUAAAUGCAAGACAACUAAAUCAGCAGAAAACUUCCUUCAUAGUCACCUGUUUUAAGAAGUAUGGUGUGUGUGUGUGUGUGUGUGUGUGUGUGUGUGUGUGCGUGCGGCUUGUAGAGGAGGGAAGGAGGUACAGUAGCAUAGCAUUCCUCCCUACAAUGCAAACAAAAUUAUGUUGAUAAAUUAAACGCUACAUUGAAAAUUUA